GGAAGUAGCCGGUUAGCACAUCCUGUUUGGGGUCUGAUGUGAUUUUGGAGAGCGGGAAGAAUCAUGGGGGCAGAGGACUGAGGAUGAGCUACCGGUGUUCAUCACUUCUGUGUGCCUGAGAAUACUGGAUGUACUUCAGUAAACUAUUGAACAACAGGAAAUACUUGUUAUAACCGAAGCUAACGGUGCUAAGUAGCUAGCAUUAGCUUUCCAGGUGCUGUUUCUUUCCUCAGGUGUUGUUAGGGAACAUGGCAGCCUCACCUGUGGAGUACACCAUCGGUGGGGUGAAGGUCCACUUCCCCUGCAAGGCUUACCCCUCCCAGCUGGCCAUGAUGAACUCUAUCAUGCGAGGGUUGAACAACGGACAGCACUGUUUGUUGGAGAGUCCCACCGGCAGCGGGAAAAGCCUGGCCUUGCUCUGCUCGGCUCUGGCCUGGCAGCAGGCUCAGUUUGCUAAACUCAAAGAUGGAGGAGCUCCAUCAGGGGAUAAAAGUCAGCCUGAUAAAGAUUUGGGCGCAGGCAAGAAGUCAGAGUCUCCGAGUCCGUGUCACUGUGCGUGUCACAGGGCUUCUGAUGGAGCAGCAGGUCAGCCUGCUGUGGUGGACCUGACCGUGUCGCCCUGCAAGGAUGCAGCACAGCCAUCGCACACAGCAUCGCAGCACGAGGAGUCUAAAGACAGAAGACAGUCUUUAUCGUCUCGUCUGUCAGAGAAAGUUCAGGCUUCGCUGGACGCCAACAGUGACAAAGAUGAGGACUUCAGGCCAGACAGGAAGCGCAUCCGUACCGCAGAGCACCAGAGCCAUAAAAAGCAGCGAACACAGCGAGGCGUCAUAUUCAUGGAUGAUGAACCGGAACCAGAGAAUGAAACUUCUGGUCCUCAGAGCUGGAAAACGGCAUCAAGCAGCCAGGCGGCCGGUUCGUCCUCAUCAUGCAGUGCCUGCGAGCCCUGCUCCCUCUGCCCAUGUGCAUCCUCCAAGGACGGCGUGAAGGACAAGGACAAAGACGGCAGGAAGAAGAUACCAAAGAUCUUUUUUGGCACGCGGACCCAUAAACAGAUAACCCAGGUGGCUCAUGAACUGAAGCGCACCGUGUACUCCGGCGUGCACAUGACCAUCCUCUCCAGCAGGGAUCACACCUGUGUCAACGCAGACGUGGCGCUGCACUCCAACCGCAACGAACGCUGCAAGGAUCUGCUGGAGGCCAAAGAUGGACGGUCAUGCAGGUUCUACCACAAUGUGCAGAAGAUGCGGGACCAGCAGACUCUCCAGUGGGUCCAUGGGCUGCGUGAAGCUUGGGACAUCGAAGACCUGGUGACUCUGGGCAAGCGCCUCCGGGCCUGCUCCUACUACGCCGCCCGGGAGCUCAUGCAGGGCGCCUACAUUAUCUUCUGUCCGUAUAACUACCUGCUGGACCCCAUGAUCAGAGAGAGCAUGGAGAUCGACCUGGCAGGUCAGAUCCUGGUGCUGGAUGAGGCCCAUAACAUCGAGGACUGCGCCAGAGAAAGCGCCAGCUACACCUUAGACCUCCACAGCCUGCAGGCAUCCAGAGACGAGCUGGACGGCAUGGUCAGCAGCAACAUCAGACGCUCCAAGCACGAGCCCCUCAGGGACUUCUGCUACGUCCUCAUCAACUGGAUCCAGGAGAGCCAGGAUCUCCUAUCGGAACGUGGCUUCGAGAGCGCCAGCAAAGUCUGGAGUGGAAAGGAUAUAGUGAGCAUCUUCCACAGUCUGGGCAUCACCGCCGACACCUUUACCAACAUGAAGCAACACCUGGCAGCCGUGCUGGAGAAGGAGGAGCGUGUUGGUUUGGCCGGCGGUCGGGAGGACACGGUGCAGGUCCCGGUCAUUAGCUCGUCUACGGCCACCGUCCUGAAAAACCUCUUCAUGGUGCUGGAUUAUCUGCUGAGGGACAACAGCCGGUUUGCUGAGGAUUACCGUGUCGCACUGCAGAGGACCUACGCGUGGACCAACCAGGCCCCGCCUGACGUCCCCGAUGCCCAGGGCUUUGUGGCCCGGCCCCGCUUCCGACACCGGCAGAGCAUCCGGGUCAAGAAGGAGCUCCUGACUUUGAGUUUCUGGUGCCUCAACCCUGCUGUGGCCUUCUCUGACCUGAGUGGAACCGUUCACAGCAUCGUGCUGACAUCAGGAACCCUGUCCCCCAUGGGAUCCUUCUCUUCUGAGCUCGGGGUGAAGUUCACCAUCCAGCUGGAGGCCAACCACGUGAUCAACAGAUCCCAGGUCUGGGUGGGCACGGUUGGCGCCGGACCCCAGGGCCGUAAACUGUGCGCCACCUUUCAGCACGCUGAAACCUUCGCCUUCCAGGAUGAGGUUGGCGCUCUGCUGCUGCACGUCUGCCGGGUCAUGGCCAAAGGCGUGCUCUGCUUCCUGCCGUCCUACAAGAUGCUGGACAAGUUGAGAGACCGAUGGGUCAACACUGGUCUGUGGGAGAAGCUGGAGGAGCAGAAAACUGUGAUCACAGAACCCCGCGGGGGGGCCAAGGGGGAUUUCGACGAGUUGCUGCAAACCUACUAUGAUGCCAUCAAGUACUGUGAAGAAAGGGAUGGUGCACUGCUGAUCGCCGUAUGCAGAGGUAAGGUCAGCGAAGGCCUGGACUUUACAGACGACAACGCCAGGGCAGUGGUCACCAUUGGCAUUCCCUUUCCAAACAUCAAAGACCUCCAGGUGGAGCUGAAGAUGAAGUAUAACGACCAGCACUGUAAGUCCAGAGGUCUCCUUCCAGGCCACCGCUGGUAUGAGAUCCAGGCCUACCGGGCCCUGAACCAGGCCCUGGGCAGGUGCAUCAGACACAGGAAUGACUGGGGAGCCCUGAUCCUGGUGGACGACCGGUACAAGAACAACCCUGAGCGAUACAUCACAGGUUUGUCUAAAUGGGUCCGGCAGCUCGUCCAGCACCACAACACAUUCAGCAAUGCAAUGCAGUCCCUGGUGGCCUUCUCUCAGGGACAGCAGAAGGUGGAGGAGGCCCCCCCCCUCAGCGCCUCAUCUGCUGAGAGUCUGAGCAGAGAAACAGAGCCUCAGAGAGCCACUCCAUGUUGUAAAACCCCUGAGCUCCAGCAGAACACAUCCACACCUCUGAAAGCCAAGCAGGAUAUCCCAGCAGAGCCUCUGAAGACGCUGCAAAGCACCCCAGCCCAGCUGCUCACAGCCCGGCCUCCGUAUCACAUUUUCACCUCCAGCUCUGGCAGCGCCGCCUUCAGGAAGCCCAUCUUUAAAGGGAAACCCCCGGAUGGACCCCCCCAGCCUGAGGGCCCACAGGCCUCUGCUCCUCCUGCCCAUCCUGAAAUAUCCAGCCCUCAACCGGCGGCUGGAGAGAGUCUGAGUGAAAACACAGCAGAACCCAACAGUCCUGCUCCGGGGGUGUCUGCAGUAACGACCCCCCCCUGCUCUGACGGCGGAUCACCUGCAGCAGCAAACGCAUCGCAUGGCGACGAUGAUGACCAAACUGUUUUCUACACUCCAGAACUUUUUGAGGAUGAAGGAGAUGAAGGAGAGCCGGUGUCUUCUCCUGGUUCAGAGAGCCCAGCCCCCCCAUCAGAGGAACAAACCCAGGACGCCGCGUCUGUCAGUAGGCAAAGCUCAGGGAUAUCACAGGGACAGAGAGGGGACGCCCCGACGCUGCAGCUGAGGGAGGAAGGAGAGGAGGAGAGCCAGAGCAGGCAGACAGGAAGUAGACUCCACCGCCUGUCCAGGUCCAGGCAGAGAGCCUCCUUCAGUCAGACAGGUAACACUCUGUAAGGUAGACGGCAUCCUGUAGGAGCGGGAAAGUCAGCGGGUCAAACCUGCGCCGUGAAAUCACCAAAGAAUUCAGUCUUAAUUCCAGUUUCAGUUUCCUUCCCUCUGUAGUUUAACAUGUUCUCCGUCCCGCUGCCUCAGGCAUUAACCCACACAGUAACCCUGAGUGGAUGGCCCGCCUUCAGCCGUCUCUGCUCUGCUGCUUAUGUAUGGUGACACUUCCUCUUAUUAAGGCCGUGGUCUGCCUAAACACACAGAAACUCCUGGAACGAUCAGGAUCAUUAAGAACAAGCAGGAAGAGCUCUAAAUCAUUAUUGGGUCUAAUUUAAUGAUGUGUCUGGAAGUAAUGGGGAGCUCUGCUAUGCCUGAUUUAACCCUGGAUGGACGACCAUCCUGUCUCCUAUUAAACAGCUGUUUGUGGGACAUAUGUGUAAAACAUGCACAGAUAACAGCAAGUCGAGCUGAAAUAAAACCUAUUUAACUGUUUAUUAAAUUUACUCAAUAAUACUGUAUUAAAAUAUAUCUUCUCUAGUUUAGCUUUGGGAUCAAUAACAUUUUUAUUUGUAGGUCUUAAAGGACUCUGUGGGACUCCUCAUCUAAAAACAGCAGAUCUGCUGUCGGAGGCGUCUUGAAACGCAGCUUGGUGUUUUUCAGUCGUCGGUUUCUUUGUUUUCUGGCUGUUUAAUUGAAUAUCUGAUGAAUGAAACAGAGGAAAGCAUGAAAAUGGUCUGAGCUUCAAUAAACCACCGACUGUCUGAUUACUGGUUAAAA